AACAUUGAUUCUGACAAAAGCUAGAACCUGAGAGUAGCUGGUUUUGCUCCAUCAAUCAAGUGAAGUCUGUAUAGCGUCUAGCUAUACUUUUGCUUUGAAAACCCAGCAACUCGCCUGACUAGUAUAUUCAUAUUCCUAAUUUGUAAAUUGUGACUAGUCACAAGUAAUGGAAUGUUGGCAGUUUGGCUUAUUACUGGCGAAAGUCACUUUCAUGAAUCCAGCCACCCAAGCAACAUAUAGGAACAUCAUCGACUAUAUAAAUCAGACAAUCCUUGACCCGUCAGAGUACAUACGAGGGAACAAGACAAUGUAAAAACUGUAGUGAAUUAUCACAGAAGAUAAGAAACCAUUUAACAACAAACCAACCAAUUACUUAACAUGCCACAACAAGUCACUACCAUCAAGAUUGAUCGCUCUGAUAGAACCCAAGUCGAAAAGCAUAUCAGAAACGUAUUCAAAUCGUUACAAAAGAAGAAAACCGAAAAGCUUUUGGCUGUGUUUUAUCAGUGGUACCACAUGAGACCAGAGUUUGCUUCCAAAGAUCUUAUCGAGUUUGAUGCUAUUCCAAGGAAAAACAAAGCGGAUCUAGAAAAACUUAGUUCCAAGAAAACAGUGGAUGCAGUGUACGGUGAUAAGUAUGCCACUGUUCUAACGCGAUUUGUUAGAGCCAAUAACUUGCACGAAAAAGAAUUGAUCCGCUUAGCCGAAGAGUUAAAGGAUUUAUCAAAAUUUGAAGGUAAAAACAAGCUGGGAUUCAGCAAAACAUUGAGUUCUUUCGAAAUUAAUCUACUUAAAGAUGUUUUCAAACUGUUAAGAUCGGAAUCUGGAGUUGCGACUGUCAAUGUUAUCCCUAAACGCAAGAGUAAAUCUGCUGAAAAAGCUUUAAUUGAUGCUGCUCUGAAAGCACAAUCAGCAAACUCAAUCAAAAAGGAUACAUAUCAUGAUGCCGCCAGUUUCAAGGAUUCAAUGAAGACAAAUUUCAAUUUUGCAGCUGCCCCUACCUUUGAAGAAUUUCAUAAUCCAGAAGAAGUCAUUGAGCCUAAAAAUAUGAAAAUGAAAAGUUUUGAAGCACAUCGUUCUUCAACGGCAGUUCAUAUCCCUAAACAGCUGAUUGUAGAUUUGACUGCUAAUAUCGAAAGUCUUUCAAUCUCAGCAGAAAUUAUCAGAGGAUAUUACUAAUAACUUUGUGCUUCACGGUUAACUUUUUUGACUUUAGUCAUUUCUUUUGUUUUGUUUUUCAUUUGAGUCUAAC